AUGGCGAGGCCAAAUGGGCCUUUUGGAAAAAUUAUGCCGCCAUCCUCUUCAACUACAAUAAAGAGCGUAUGGUACGAUGUGUUCAUAAACCAUCGUGGCCCUGACACCAAGCAAACCCUAGCCGCCUCAAUAUACAGUGCCCUCAAACCCCUGGGAGUUGAAGUUUUCUUAGAUGAACCAGAGCUUCAACUUGGUGAUUCCAUACCAUUUGAAUUACAAUAUGCCAUCACUACUUCUUUUCUUCAUAUUGUCAUACUUUCACCCAGAUAUGCAGAAUCCACUUGGUGUUUGCAAGAGUUGUCGCUUAUGCUCAAAACUGGCCAGAAAGUCAUUCUAGUGUUCUAUAAUGUUGAUAUUAGUGAUAUUCGUUAUAUAAAAGGAAACUAUGCUAAAGCAUUUUCCAAGCAUGAAGCCCAGGCCAGAUAUACUUCUCAAAUGCUCGAGGAAUGGAAAAUGGCGUUGCAAACGGUUUCAUUCUUUAAAGACCACACAGUCAACAAUGAAGAGUAA